AUGAGUAAAAGAUCGAGCAAGGAGAGCGUUAAUUCACAGCUUCUCCGUUUGUUGCUCCACCAGACAAUUACUCUGAAGGUGAACGUCUGCUGCAAAGGUUGCCAGAAUAAAAUAGAGAAAGCACUUCGCAAGAUUCAUGGUGUCGAGGAUGUGACGUUCGAAGCAGAGGAGAAUAAGGUGAUUGUGACGGGGGAGACGGACGCCGCCUCCCUCAUCAAGAAGCUCAAGAAGCUCAAAAAACACGCAGUGCUCUGCGACGCUGGCGCGAGCAAUGGCGAAAAGGAGGAGGAGAAAGCGCCCGAGGAGAAUAGUAGCAGUUCUCCGCCCGGGCAUGGCGGCGCGACGCAGCCGCCGACGGAAACGAUGAUGACGGACGAGCAGGGAUACUGGCCGCAGGGCAACAUGUACGAGAGCCACGAGAAUUGCUCUGUGAUGUGA